GUUAAGUUUGACCAAAAAUAAAAUUUUUCAUUUUAGUCAAAUUGGACAAAAAUUAUGGGACGGAGGGAGUAAGAAAAAGAAAAAGGGAAAAAAAAAGAAAAAAAAAAGCUCUUCUUUCAUUUAAAAAUUUGAUCAACUAUAGGGGCUCCCGCUACAUAAGACAAUCUUAUAGGGGCUAAUUUACCAAUUUGAUCCAAAUUCAUUCUUCAACAAUUAAAGGGUUGUUUAGAAAAUUUGAUAAACUAUAGGGGGCCAUCUGUCAAUUCGUCUUGUAGACAAAUUAUUAAAGAAAAAAGGAAAAAGAAAGACGAAAAACAGUUAAAUUAGUCAUAUGGAGAAAGACCAAGCUGAGGAGAACCACCGGGGAGAAUCGCCGCCGGGGCCGGCGCCGGGAGAAGGCGGAGACCAUAAUGGGAGUUUGGAAUCUUCUACACUCACUCCGACUCCGACAUCUGCAUGCCUCUCUAAUUUGAUUACAUCGGUGAUUGAAGAAUUCGAUUCAAAAGCUGAACAAACUCUUCGGAGUCAGGAUCAACUCGCCUUCGCCCUCGAUCGUCUCACCGGAGAGCUUGAUCAGUUACUGGAUGAUGCGCCAUUGCCAUUUGUGAUGCAGCAUGCUGCCAGAAUUUCUGGUGUUAGGAAAAGGGUUACAUCUUUAAAUUCAGUUCUCAAGUCUAUACAGCGUCGUAUUGAUAACAUCGAGCGAAUAAUGUCUGCAGGAAGCACAUCAUCACAACAAGGUACUUCAAGCAGUUUACCAUGACGCUGUGAUAGUGUUUUUUAGCGCACUAGGUAUGUUAUAUUGCUUAAAAAAGCUUAUUUAACUUAUUAUUGCUGCUUAUUUGAAGUUGUUUUAGGCAUCCCAACUCCACGGAUCAUCAGAUUUAUUACAUUAUAUGAUCUCAUGACAGGCUUACUUAUAUGAAUGCUGUGCUCAUUUGAAGUGUUCUUAGGAAUCCAAAAAUAUGACUUGAAAUUAUAUGAUCUGGAGCAGCUGAUGUGAAUGGUUAGUUCCUUUUGAGAGGAGAAGUUAGCAGCCAGAAACCUUACAGAGGGGUUUAAAUGUAUCUUUUAGAGGGCAUAUACAUUUAUUUUCCUCGUGAUUGGUUUGUUGUAUGACGUGAGUUAUUGUGUUUGCUGUUGCUAAUCUAUCUCAACUCCCGUUUCUGUUUGGUGAUGACAGACGUAUGGUAGAGAUAAAUUUUGUAGGAACAGUAUUCGUAAAUUUUCAUGGAUCUUUGACCCCCAUAGUUUUAUGGUGAGUUGGAGUUUUGAGUUCCAAACUUUGAGCUCAUUUUUUUUAAGUCGUCAAUUGGGGCCAUUCAAAAUGCAUUCUGUGCUGGACUUAUUUGUACUUGAGCUCUCUAGACACCGUUUUCUUCAAUUCAACGUGCUUCUCAACUUCGGAUGCAGUUACAAUGUUGAACUCCGAUGAUAACCUGUCCGUGUAGGUAUAGUGAUGUUUACAGUCGAAUUAGGAGACUGUUGACUAACUAGUUUUGCAGAUAUCAUGCAAGCGAGCAGGCGCCUUCAAUGUGAUGAAGUAGCAUUCUGUAGCUAAAUUUUGUUUCUCCAUCCCCAUAGGGAUGCAUAUUUGGGCACAAACUCCGGUGAAAAUUGCAGACGGGUUAGAGGUAGACUUGGGAAAACUCAUUUGAGUGACGAGAAGUUCCUUCAAUACAAAGGUCCCGCAACCCAAUAUCACCAACUAUACCGUAUUAAUCCCCUGCUCCUCGGAGGUUAAUGAAGCUAAUAACAUUUUGACCCGAUGUCGCGGUAACUAGGUGGCAGUGUAAAGGAGAUGAUUCGAUGUCCAUGGGAUACGACAUCGAUGGGAUUGAAGAUCGAAUUUUGGUGGAUGGCUGCUACCCGAGUCCCGAGUACCUACCUACCUAUUAACGAAAAGAUUCAGAUUAUUAUGUUGUGUUGGGUUAUGUUAUCCAGGGACGAAACAUACUCAAAUUCAUUUCUCUGGUACUCUAGUUGUGCUAUGUCAGAUGUAAUGGAAUCCCUUAAAAAGUGUUAAAACCUUGGAACUACAGAAUAAAAAUGAAAGUCAAAACUGGAUGUUUUGAAACGGAGGAAGUACUAAUUAAUUUUAGUUUCUAAAAA